GAAUUGAGGUCUGACAAUUUCACAUUAAUAACAAUUUUGGAGAUGUGAAAUGUGAAUUGUAACCACGUUUUAUUUGUUUAUAUAUCAGAAGAACUUCAGUAUAUGGCAAAAUGGGUAAACUUGACGUCACUAUUUUGCGUUACUUGACCGGAGAAGAUUUUCGUGUUUUAACAGCAGUCGAAAUGGGUAUGAAAAAUCACGAAUUAGUGCCUGGUUCCUUAGUAGCCUCAAUAGCAAACUUGCGCCAUGGUGGAGUUCACAAAUUGAUGAAGGAUUUAUGUAAACACAGAUUGUUGACAUAUGAACGAGGAAAACAUUAUGAUGGUUAUCGGCUAACAAAUGCAGGCUAUGACUACCUCGCUCUUAAAGCCCUCACAAACAGGAAAGUGAUUGCAUCAUUUGGAAAUCAGAUUGGUGUCGGCAAAGAGUCUAAUAUUUACACAGUCGCUGAUGAAGACAAAACUCCUUUGUGUUUAAAAUUGCACAGACUAGGUCGCACAUGCUUCCGCAACAUAAAGGACAAACGGGAUUACCAUGCGCAUAGAAACCGCGCAUCCUGGCUCUACCUCUCUCGUAUUUCCGCAACCAAAGAGUUUGCGUAUAUGAAGGCUCUCUACGAUAGAGACUUUCCUGUUCCCAAGCCAAUUGACUUCAAUAGACAUUGUGUUGUUAUGGAGCUGGUACACGGGGGACCUUUGACUCAUGUUACAUCAGUCUCCGAUGUAGAAUGGUUGUAUGAUGAGCUGAUGGGACUCAUAGUGCGGUUGGGCAACUGUGGUGUGAUCCAUGGAGACUUUAACGAGUUCAACAUCAUGAUUGAUGAUGAAGGGCAUCCGGUGAUUAUUGAUUUCCCCCAGAUGGUCUCCACUAUGCAUCCCAAUGCUGAGCUUUACUUCGAUCGUGACGUGCGUUGUGUUCGCGAGUUUUUCAAGAAACGCUUUGGUUAUGAAAGCGAAGAUUACCCAAAGUUUUCGGAUCUCGAGAGAGACGAUGAACUCGAUACUGAGGUGGCUUGCUCUGGGUACAAGCGGAAUAAGGUGCUUGAAGAUGAGCUGUUAGAGGAAAUGGGUAUCGGUCUCCAAGUGAGCGGUGAUGAAGCCAGUGAUGAAGAAGCUGAGCAGGGUGAAGAGAUCAGCAGCAAAGUGUCCGAAGAUGAAAUAGAUUCGCUGAGGCGAGAGGUUGAAGCGUCCAUACAACACGACGAAACUGUACAUACCUUAGCAGCAAAAACUACGAAACUAAAUCUAGACGAAGAAAUACCUACUUUAGUGCCUGUUAAAAAUGUAGACGAAGAAAAAGAAAAUACAGAAGGCACAGAACAAAGUGCAGGGACGACAGAAGAACACACAGAAGACAUGGAAGGUUCUGGAAGCGAUUUAGAUAAAAACUCGCAGAAGUACAGGCUGGCGAUGAUUGAAAAAGCUUUGUCGGAUGUAAGGUCAAUGAGGUCGUAUACUUCUGCGAGUACUAUAGCGCCGGAAGUGGUGAAACAGCAAGUGAAGAAGAAUCUAGAACAAAGGCAGAAGAAAAUGGAGAGGAAAAAGGCGAUCGCGAAGGGAGAAGCUAGCGCAGUUACGAGGCAUAGAAGAGAUAAUAGGGAGACGAUAAAAGAAAGCCACGGGUUGUGGGGAUGGGAUGAGUGAAUAAAGAUUUGUUAGAGAA